UUGGAAAUCAAUACCACCAUUUGUCUUCUUGGGUGGCCAUAGACUGUGUGACCAUUUAAUUCAACAAAAACAAUUGGUUAUGUGGGUUGCAACGGAACGUAUCGGACACGUGGACAGUGUGCUGUUCCUAGCUAACCGCAGAGGAGCUGCACCCGUCCUGCCCUAACUCUAAUGGAGCCUUGUCUUUGCGGUCUUCUCGUCAUCUCCAUCUCACUCUUCUUCCUCUUCACUUACUCAUCUCCGUCUGGUUUACCCAUCGGAAUCCACCCACUUGAUGAAAAGUACUAUGCUUCGGAGGUGAUCAAGUGCAAGGACGGAUCUAAUUCCUUCACCAGGGCCCGCAUCAACGACAAUUUCUGCGACUGCCUAGAUGGCACCGAUGAACCUGGAACUUCAGCCUGUCCAAUGGGCAAAUUUUAUUGUAAGAAUAUGGGAAGUAUGCCUCAGUUUCUGUUUUCUUCUCGCGUGAAUGAUCAUAUUUGUGAUUGCUGUGAUGGAAGUGAUGAGUAUGAUGGCAGCAUCAUUUGUUCCAAUACCUGUGUCAUGGGUGGGAAUGUUGAGUACAAGGGAAUAAGUUAUGGUUCAACAAUCCGGGAUUUGGGUUUUAUUGAUGCAAAAGGAACUAAGACGGAGGUUAAUGCAGAUGAAUCAAUUCAGAAACUGAAAGGUAUUAUUGUUCAUGGCAGCUUAUGUGCAGCGGCUAAAAUCUCUUCCGAAUCCUUAUCAAUAAUGGAAUCCAAAUGAUCUCUAUGGAAAUAUUUAAUGGCUUGGUCACUCCAGGUUUGAAGGUGGUGAUUAUCCUACAAGUGGUUCUUAUCAUCAUUGUUGUGGCUUUCCGGGUAUUUUAUCGGCGUGUCAGGUCCAGAAGGAGACAUUUGCGAUGACUAAAGUUACCUGAAGC